AAUCUCAAAGAGCAAAAACAACCGAACUUAAUAAUGAGCUUGUUCCAAUUUCAAAAUUUCGGAGCCUCGCCUGGACAUUCAAUUGGUGAACGUUAUAAUAGCCUAAUCCAUCUGGCUUCCCUUUUGUAGGGUGCGCUCAUCACACAGCAUGGUGUUGGCAACAUGUGGCCAUCUUAUUGCGCCAUUAUCAAGCGCUCUUUAUCUCCAUUCGAAGCGUCAAUACGUACCAUUUGUUCAUAUCCACUACUCCAUCUACAGGGAUGUCCACUACGUGGUGGUCGCGGUUAAGCAAGCAGCAGAAAGAGGACCAGGAUGACCGUGCUUCCGAGUCACAGCCCAGCGAAAAGGAUCAGAGGACUCAGAAGGAACCGAACAAUGAUGUUGACCUGAAUCCUGGAGAGCUGACCUUUGAAGAAGAUACUGCUGGAGGCUUGGGUCGUCACCUUGGUGUAACUUCUUGCACUCUCCUUAUCGUUGGACGGAUCAUCGGCACCGGUAUAUUCUCAACACCGUCCUCCAUCCUCUCCGGCGUGGGCUCAGUCGGCGCCUCCCUCAUGCUAUGGGUCCUCGGUUUCUUGCUUAGCUUCUGUGGCCUCUUCAUAUGGCUCGAGUUCGGUACCAUGUUCCCUCGUAGUGGUGGAGAAAAGGUAUACCUCGAAGCCGUUUACAGAAAGCCGAAGUACCUCGCCACCGUAGUAUUUGCUGCCAACGCUAUAUUACUUGGAUUCACUGCGAGCGGUUGUAUCGUUUUUGCUAGCAACAUCUUAGUUGCUGCUGAACAAACCGCAGGUCGCUGGAAUGAGCGUGGAAUUGCACUUGGAGUUAUCUUUUUCGUAACCCUCCUGCAUGGAUUAACCCCCAAGACCGGCGUGCUAAUCAUGAACUUGCUCUCGAUAUUCAAGAUUGUAAUUCUGCUAUUCGUCGUGAUCACAGGCUGGGUAGUUCUUUCUGGCAAAACCCGCGUCGCAGAUCCGCACUAUAAUUUCAGAAACGCGUUCGCAGGAAGCUCCACGAGUAGCUAUGAAUAUGCUACCGCCACUUUCAAAGUUUUGAACUCAUAUGCGGGAUGGUCCAACGUGAACUACGUGAUGAAUAAUGUCCGUAAUCCAGUGAGGACCCUCAAGAUCGCAGGCCCGCUUGGUCUUGGUAUAUGCGCCAUUUUGUACUUGCUUGCAAAUGUGGCUUAUUUCUCAGCUGCAACCAAGGCGGAGAUCGAUCACUCCGGCGUUACUGUCGCUGCUUUGUUUUUCGGGAAUGUCUUUGGUUCUGUUGCGGAGCGUGCGCUAGCGGUUUUUAUUGCUCUCAGUGCUCUUGGGAACGUUAUUACUAUAACUUUUGCUGCGUCACGAGUAAACCAAGAGCUCGCAAAGGAAGGGAUACCCUUACCAUUCGGAAACAAAUUCUGGGCUUCAAAUUGGCCCACAGGGAAGUCACCACUUCCAGGAUUGAUCAUCCACUUGAUACCCUCAGUCAUCGUCAUCAUCGCGCCUCCCCCAAACAUUGCUUACCCCUUCAUUUUGGACGUCGAAGGAUACCCACAGCAGAUCAUUAAUCUUUUUAUUGUCAUCGGUCUGUUCUAUCUGAGAUGGAAGAAGCCAAAUGCUGUUCGACCAUUCAAAGUAUGGUGGCCUAUCGCUGUAUUCUUCUUGGCGGCUGCUGUCUUCCUACUCGUCGCUCCCUUCCUGAGACCACCCGGCGGCAUUGGCGACACCCCACCACUACCAUAUUACCUGUACUGUCUCGUCGGAAUCGCCAUCAUGUUUGUAGGCGUGCUGUACUGGGCUGCAUGGCGGGUCAUACUGCCCAAGGUAUUUGGUUAUGAGUUUGUGCCGAGGAAGGAGAGGUUGGACGAUGGGACUGUUGUCACCGUAUUUUCGAAUAAGAAGAUAAAAUGAUUCGGAGGCUGAUCGGAAGUGCAAAUAAAUUGGUCUUUGGAUUAAUUUAAUGCGAUGUUGUGGUGGUGUUCGUAUAAUGCAUGCGGUGUUGUACCUACCAGAGUCUAGAACGAAUCCUGGGUCAGCU